CAGGCACGGCGUCAACGGUGAUUCGAAGGGUGUUCUAGGCAUUUCGCGGCUUACACAAGGUCUUGGCAAGCAAUCGUCAACCACCCCAUUGUUCUCAUCAACACCUUCAUACCUGUCACCAGUUACUAGUCCAGUUAUCACCAGCAAAAUGGGCUCCUGCUCCCCAGAGCCGCCCAAGCCAUGGGUCGAGACGCCGCUCAUCUUCUCCCCGACCCUAUCACGCGCGGCAGGGUGCAACAUCUUUCUCAAGCUCGAAAAUGUCCAGCCCUCCGGCUCUUUCAAAUCUCGCGGCAUCGGCAACAUGAUGCUUACCGCCCUUGCCAACACCAACCCUGAUGAACGAGUCCACUUCUACUGUUCCUCAGGCGGCAAUGCCGGCCUCGCCUGCGCCACCACAGCCAUUGCACUCCGUCGCCCCGCAACGAUUGUGGUCCCAACCUCGACCUCGGCCUUCAUGGUUAGCAAGCUGCGCGAGUUGGGCGCCGAGGUGUUCCAGAUAGGCGCCAGCUGGGCCGAGGCGGAUGCUUUCCUCCGGGAGACGUGCCUCGCACCGGAGGAUGGCGUCAACAAGGUCUACGUGCCUCCCUUCGACCACCCGGACGUGUGGGCCGGCGCGGCGACGCUCGUUGACGAGAUCGCGCUCGAGAUGGGCGCGGUCGGUGGCCGGUACGCCGAUAGGGGCGGACUGCACGCCAUCGUCUGCAACGUAGGCGGCGGUGGGCUGCUGAACGGGGUCAUGGAGGGGCUGGAGCGGAACGCCAAGAGGCUCUCGGCCGGCGGCGGUGCUGGCGUGAAGACACCACAGGUGCUGGCUGUCGAGACGGUAGGUGCCGAGAGCCUCUACGCCAGCGUGCAGGCCGGUGAGCUGGUGACGCUGCCCGCCAUCACGUCGAUCGCGACUAGCCUGGGUGCGAGGAGGGUAAGCGAAAAGACGUGGGAGUGGGCGAAGAAGGGCGGGAAGGACGGAAGUUUGAUCUGCUCGACGGUGACGGACAAAGAGGCGGCGAUGGCGUGCGUGCGGUUCCUGGACGACGCGAGGAUACUGAUCGAGGUUGCGUGCGGUGCGACGAUCGCGACGGCAUACAACGGGGACUUGAGGCGGUAUUUGGGUAAGGACCUCACGGACGAGGAGUGGGCGACGAGAAAUGUGGUGUUGGUCGUCUGCGGCGGGUCGAACACCAGCUUGGAGAUCCUCGAAAAGUACAAAGCGACGUACGGGGCCGAGUGACAACAAGGGGGGCUUCGUUUCUUUUUGUUUUUCCUUUUUGUUUUUUUUUUUUUUUUUUCCCUCAUGAAAGGCGGGCGUGUGACGGGGUUAGAUUCAUCAAUGGAAUACGGUUCAUCGAUUCGAG